AUGGAGGAGACCAGACCAGCAGGAGAGGACAUGUUUGAGUCCCUGGAGGAGUUUCACAUGAUCCUCAAUGAGCUGGUGCAGGACAAGAGCAUGGACAAGGUCCGGGUGGAGUACGAGAAGCUCGUCCAUGCUCUGAAGAAGUCCAGAGAGAACGAGAAGAGGCUGAUGUCCAAAUGCAGGGAGCUGAAUGCAGAAGUUGUGUCCACCUCCACUAAAGUAGCAGCGGCCCUGAAACUGUCCCAGGAAGACGAGACAACGAUUGCUUCUCUAAAGAGGGAGCUGGAUAAAGGCUGGAAAAUGGUCGACGCCGCUCAUGAUAAAGAGAGAAGAGACAAAGAGAGCAUCAGGGAUUUGAAAGAAGAAGUUUCCAAACUGAUGAAAAUGGCUGAGCAUCAAACCGGCUCCUCUGUGGACAGAGAGCAGAGCAAUCUACUAAAAAUGAAUGAGGAGUUGUCGGAGGAGAGGGACGGAUUGCUGUCGACCGUGGAGAGCCUGAGAGAAAAACUAAACAAGGCCAUCGCAUCCCAGCAGGAGAUAGAGGCCCAACGAGAUCGUGCCUCAGAGAAUAUCUCUCAGCUCCAGCAGGAGCUCCAGGUGCAACAGAAUGAGAUUUCACGGGAGAGGAGGUUGAAGGAAAAGCUGGAGAACGAGGUGAAGCAGCUGCACGUCGACACAGAGGCCAAGAUGGGGGACAUCAAGGCCCUGAGUCUGCAGGGCCAACGGGCCAAAGAGGAGCAGCAGAGACUGGAGCAGCAGCUGAAAGAGUUUAAGAUCUUGAAUGAGCGAUGCACCAGGGAGCUGGAGCAGACGCAGGGGAAGAACAACCGGCUGCUGCAGGAGUGUGAGCAGCUCUCUUCAGUCAAAGAGCAUCUCUCCCUGGAAAGUCAGCAGAACGCAAAUGAGCUCAAGAUGAGAGAAGAGGAGGUGGGUCAGAUGCGUCAGGAGAUUGCCAAACAAGCAAAGAUGAGGGAAGCCACCCAGAAGAAGCUCCACCAGAUGGAGGAUCAGAAAGCUGACGUGGACGUGCAGAAGGAGACACUGAGAGCUCAGAUCGCUGGUCUGGAGAAAGAUCUUGAAUCUUCCCAAAAGCAAGUUGAAACGGACAAGAAAGCCAUCGACGAGCUAAUCCGGGAGAGAGACAUCUUGAAUAAGAACACCAUCAAAGCCGCGCAGUCCACUGAGAAACAGCAGAACCUCGUGAAGCUCCUGGAGCAGGACAAGAAGACCCUGGAGCACGAGAUCAGCGGCUACCGCCAGGAGGCCCAGAAGCAGCGCAAGAUCAUCCAGCAGCUGGAGAAGGAGCGCGACCGCCACAUCAACGAGACCAGCAACCUCAUGCAGAAGGUGCAACAAAAAAUGAGUGACGUCGAAGUAAGAGAGACGGAAAUCUUUGAUUGGCGGAAGAAGGUCACCGAGGCGGAGUGCAAGCUCAAACAGCAAGAGAACCUGCUGGAGUCGCUCGUGUCUGAAAGGAACCUCUACAGCAAAAACCUCAUCGAGGCUCAGGAAGAGAUUGCCGAGAUGAGGAGGAAGAUGAAGACCAUGAACAACCAGGUCACCCGACUGAGAGAUGAGAUCACUGGGAAGGAGCUCGCCCUUUCCAAGGACCAGCAGGAGCACAGGCGUUUGGAGAAGGAUAAUGAGGCCCUCAAGGGGGAGCUGCAGCUGAUGAAGCUCCAGCUUGAAGAAACAAAGCAGCGCGUCGACACUCAGAAAGCAGAGCAGCAGAAGCUGCAGAAGAUUAUAGCCGACGGCGAAGCUGAGCAGGUCCAACAGAAGAAACAAAUGGACCAGGUGUUCAGGGAGCGGGACAAUCUGGGCAAACAGCUGCUGCAGCGCAACGACGAGCGUGCGCUGCUCUAUGAGAAGAUCAGGAUCCAGCAAUCCAUCCUGAGCAAGGGGGACUUCCACUACAAGCAGCAGCUGGAGGACAUCCGCCUGCUCAGGCUGGAGAUCAAGAGGCUCCGGCGCAAGAAGAGCAUCCUGGACAAGACUAUUCCCAACACAGACGACCUGAGGCGAGAGUUGUUCCACCUGCAGAGGUUGCUGCUGAGAGAGAGGACGAGGAACAGCGUCCUGGAGGAAUCGCUGAAGCCCAUAAAUAUUCACCGAUGGAGGCGACUGGAGGGCAGUGAUCCCGGCAAAUACGAGCUCAUCCAGAAGAUUCAGUCCUUACAAAAACGACUGAUCAAUAAGACCCAGGAGCUGGAGGAGCACGAGCUGCUGCUGCAGGAAAAGGAGAAGCUGUAUGUGGAGCUGAAGCACAUCAUGGUCCGGCAGCCGGGUCCAGAGGCAGCCGAGCAGCUCCAGCAGUGCCAGUGGACCGUCAGAGAGAGAACUAAGAAGCUCAAGGCGUUGAUAGCAGAGCUAAGAAUGCUCGACUCGAAGAUGAACGAGUACAAAAGUGAGAAUCAAAGAUUAGCCAAUGAGCUGGCAAACACAAAGAAGAAAUACCUCAGCCAGAAAAAGCUUCACAGCGAGCAGCGGACCAGGACCACCGCGGAGCAGCUGGAACUGCUGCCUCAGCUGAGCAGCAAGCCUCACUUCACUGGGGGGGGCUUCAGGGUCGACAACCCUGUGAGAAGAUAACGACCUUCAUGUACGGCGAUAUCUCAUAAACCGUCUGACAUAUUUGACAUCAUUUGAAAUGAGAAAACACUCAUGACCACAUAACCUGACGUGACGAGCAGGUGAAAGGUUUUACGCCUUCGAUCAUCGUAAACAUCGGCCAAUCGGAAAGGAAAUAGCUGUCACUCUAUACUUAAUCAUGUUCGGGAAGACAUUGAUCGUGAUAUGAAAAAAUGAAAUAUGAAAGCAUUUGAACUAUGCACAUAUGGUGAUAUUGGUCUCAGUAAUGCACCGCCUCUUAAGUCACGUCUUUGUACAGUUACAGUGUCUCCCUACACUUUACGGUGUAAUUAAAUUGCGUAAUACAUGUUUUGCAAUUUCUAUUGAUAUAUCGCCAUAAAAACAAUAUUGUAAACUCCUUUGACGAUCAUAAUAAUGAAGUUAACAUCUGAUUUGGGGAUUAUUUAGAAGGGACUUUUAAUACAGAAUCAUAGAAAAACAUUAUUCAGCACAUAGGUAGGAAUACACAUCCAACUACGUGGAAUAUCAUUUCAAAUAUGAACAGGUUCCUUCCCAACACAUUCCUCAUGACUUUCAGUAUGCAGAGAGAAAGGAGUGACGACAGGAGACACUGCUGUGUCUUAUAACACAACUGUAUUUAUUUAAAGAAAGAGGAAAGACGCGGUUCUAUGCUGCGGUUUGAUUCCGGACUCAACCACUGAUCAUGUGAUCUAUUGUAUGUUGAAUUGUCCUUCUCUGAGAAAGUUCUGUGCAUUCAUGUUUGACACCAUAUUUGGAAGGGAGGGUCACAUGACCACGACUAGACGUAAGGUCUGACCUGUAUCUUCUAUGGUUUUUUCUAUGGUUAGCUUGUCAUUUACUUUGUUUCUAUCGACUUGUACAUGACUUUUAUGACUCCACAGAGAGCUGCUGUGAAUAAACUGGA